AUGCAUCCCCGAGUGGUCGUGACCGGCAUUGGGUGCUAUACUCCUCUGGGGCCGUCGCUAGCCCAGUCUUGGAAGGAGCUGUUGCGAGGGACGAGCGGCCUUGUCAGGCUGCAAGAUCUGGCAGAGUACGAGGGCGAUUACAAACCACUGUCGAGGCUUAUAUCCGGUGAUCUUCGAGUCGGGAAAGUUGGAUUUGAGGCGCGCGACCAGGAGCUGCUUUCGAGCCAGGAGCAACGGCGGACCUCGCGCGCCGCGCAGCUGGCCAUGGUCACCGCAGAAGAAGCGCUCCGGCACGCAGGUCUCCUUAGCGGCUCGCAUCUCGUUGCCAGCGUGGACCGCAACCGGGCAGGGUGCAUCAUUGGCGCGGGGCUACCCUCCAUGGAGGACAUAUCGCAGGCGACGGCUUCUCUGUCGUCCGCACGGCGACCGUCCGUGUCGCCGUUCUUCAUCCCAAAGAUGCUCAACAACAUGGCUGCGGGAAACGUCGCCAUUAAGUUUCAACUCCGGGGAGCCAGCAAUUGUCCCUCCACAGCUUGCGCGUCGGGAAAUAAUGCGAUCGGUGACGCAUACAAUUUCAUCCGCCUGGGCUACUCAGACGUAAUUGUGGCUGGGGCCAGCGAGCUGAGUGUGCAUCCCUUGGCAUUGGCGGGGUUUGUGAAGGCCAAGAGUAUCUCCGCGAGCGGCAUUUCGAGACCGUUCGACGCACGGCGAGACGGCUUUGUGUUGGGCGAGGGCUGCGGCUUACUCGUGCUUGAGUCGCUUGAGCAUGCACGUCACCGUGGCGCAGAGAUAAUUGCGGAAGUGGUUGGGUACGGUGUGUGCUCAGAUGCACACCACAUCACGUCACCAUCAGAGGGCGGGGACGGAGCCCGCAGGGCUAUGCACAUGGCAUUGCAGGAUGCCGGCAUCUGGGACACGCGCGACCAGGUUGGAUAUGUCAACGCCCACGCCACGAGUACACCUCUUGGCGACCGUGCUGAGGCGCGGGCCAUUCAGGCGGUGUUUGGUGCUACUGGCACAGGCUCUACGCUUGUCAGUAGUAACAAGGGACAUAUGGGCCAUCUACUAGGUGCUGCGGGCGCCGUGGAAGCAGUCUUCACAGUUCAAUCGUUGAGGGAAGGCAUUGUACCCCACACACUAAAUCUGCAAACGGUUGGAGAGGGGCUGGCAGACAAAAAAGACGGAUUCGGUGGGAUUACGUUCGUGCAAGAUAAUCCUGUCCCCGCUCCUCUCACAUACGCAAUGAACAACAGUUUCGGUUUCGGUGGGAUUAACUCCUCGUUGCUGUUCAAGAAAUGGUGA